AUGCGAUUCCGCGCCUCCAUCCAAAAUGUGGCCACCUUCCGCCGAAUUAUCCAGACAGUGGAGAAGCUGCAGAAAAAGUGCAUCAUCAAGUUCAACGAGACGGAGAUGCAUAUCAUCUGCAACACGGACGAGAGCGGUGUCCAAGUCUGGUCCCAAAUUCGUACGAUCGCACUCUUCACAGACUACCGCAUCCAGUCAAAUGCCGACAACCAGAUCUCGCUCCUCCUCAGCACAGAAGCGCUCCUCCACGCGCUGCGCUCUUCUGAGUCCUCCUCCAAUGCCGACGACAUCGUCAUGAAGCUCGCGAAGAAGCGCGACGUCGCCGUGCUCAGCUUCGAGAUCCUCGGCGCGGGCACGGGCGCCGCGGCAGGUGCCGGCGCGAGCACGGGCGGUGGGAUGAAGGUGACACACGACGUGCGGAUAGAGGUUCUCAAGCCCGCAGAGGUCGAGCGACUCCGCGAACCGCUGUGCCCCGAACCCGACAUCCACAUCCUCCUCCCACCACUACUCAAGCUGCGCACACUCGUUGACCGCCUCCGCCCGAUGGCCGACAUCGUUGCCGUGCGCGCCAAUGGCGCUGGUCGACUCCAGAUCUCUGCGGGCACGGACGAGGUCAAGCUCGACCUUGUAUGGGAAGGUUGCACAAAUCCACGCAUGGAUGGGCAUGCGGAUGUGCAUGAUGGAGACGACGCGGAUGAGGACAAAUCCGAUCCGUCCCAAAUGUACGGCGUGCUCGUGCACGUGCGGAGCCUGCUCAAGUUCCUGAACGCCCACGUCGUAUCGACUACGACCAUCGCCUGCAUAUGCCACGCGCACUGUAUGAUUCUCUACGUCUAUAUUGGCGAGGUCGCCGAUGCGGGCGGCGUACUGACAUUCUACAUUCCGGCCGUGCUCGAUGACUGA